AUGGCGGCCUACGCAGCCUUGCAGUUUCUCGAAGCUUAUAUCUCCCCUGUUUCCGACGAAGCAGAUCCAUUGGAGAUGCGUAUUGCAGAUGCAGCUUAUGCAGCUGAAGACGCCAUCGAAUCUCAUAUCGUGGCCAAGAUUCAGCUGAGCAGAUCCAGAGAAACCAUUCGCGGCCGAUUCCUCAGCUGCUUUCGAGCUGAGGAAGAGAUGAACUUGUUUCAAUAUGUGCAAAAUGUGAUACAAGAAAUGGAUCAGAUCAAGACUUUGGCGAAGCAGAGCAAUACAGAGAAGGUGGCGCUCCAUGAUAAGCCGCGUAGCUUCAUCUCUGCUUCUUCUUCCACUGAGAAGAACAGUAGUGGCAUGGUGGUGUGGUCCGAGGGUGUCGUGAAUGGAAUCUUGGAAAGGCUCGUUUCGGACCAACGCCAGCGCCAAGUCAUCCCGAUCACAGGAAUGGGCGGGAUAGGUAAGACCACUCUUGCCAAAACUGUUUAUUCGAAAAAAAUUAUUGAGCAGCGUUUUGAUGUUUGUGCUUGGACUACUAUUUCUCAACAAUACAACACAAGGGAAAUUCUUUGUGAACUUGUUUCUCAAGCCACUAAAAAAACAAAGGAACAACUGAGUGAAAAGAGUGAAGAUGAACAAGGAUUAGAGCUCCACCAGUAUUUGCCAGGUAGAAGGUUUCUAAUUGUGAUGGAUGAUAUGUGGAGUAUCAAAGCAUGGGAUGGGAUACAACGUUUCUUUCCCGAAAAUGAGAAUUAUAGUCGGAUAUUAGUGACGACUAGGCUUUCCCACUUGAGUUCCCAGUUGAACAACAACUAUAGCCUUCAAAUGGAAUUUUUAGAUGAGGUUAGAAGCUGGGAACUUUUCUCAAAAACUGUGUUUGGGUUUGGAAGUUGCCCUCAUGAGUUAGAGAAAAUUGGAAAGAAAAUAGUAGAGAAUUGCAGAGGACUUCCUUUAUCAAUUGUUGUAGUGGCGGGUAUUUUGAGAAAUAGGGAACACACUCUAGGAGUUUGGGAAUCAAUUAGGAAGAACUUAGCUUCAGAAGUGAAUUUGGAGAAUGAUAAGAAUUGCAUUAAACUGUUGAAAAUGAGCUAUAAUCAUUUGCCAGUUUAUUUAAAGCCAUGUUUUUUGUAUAUGGGAGUGUUUGAGGAGGAUGAUUCGGUUAGAGUCUCAACGUGA